AUGCAGUGCAGUUCGCCAAUUUCCCAGUACUUUAGCACAGCGGUCUGGACGCCGGCUGUCCUCUCGGUAAAAGUUUCGUGUGCAGCGCCCCCCGGACCUGCAGCGCCAGGGCGCCCGUGGCUUGGGGCCCUGAUUCAGGCGUCCCUGAUCGUUCCUACAAUUGUUAGUUCUUCGCCAUCCAAUGCUGCAGUGUCUGCUUGUUGCCGGUGCUGCGGCAUCGGCGAGCGCCCUGCGUCCCCUUCACACGGUGUCGGCACGGCCAUGGCCAGGAGACGGCGCAGUGGCCGCCCGCGGGAUGGCUGUUGCGGAGGGACGUUCCGAUGCAUCUUUCUCUUCCUCAACUGGCUCCUGGCAGCCGCGGGCCUGACGCUGAUAGGCUUCUCGACUUACGCCGCAAUCGAGAUCGCGAAUCCGCCCGCGGGCUACCCCAGCGGCAGCAGCGCGUGUUCGGAUGUCGCACCCGUCGCUGGCGGCAGCGGCGGCCUGCGGGAUGGGCCGGAGGACGAAUGGAAGGAGGAAACCAAGCGGUACUGGUUUGCGCUGCUGAUUGCUGCGAUCGGCAUCUGGGCGCUCAUCACCGCGGUGUUCGGCCUGGGAGGCGGCAGAUGCCGCAACGGCUGCUGCGUCGGCACCCAUAGUGUGCUGCUGUCCUUGGGCCUGCUCGCGGAAGUGGCCUUCGGGAUUGUGUUCUAUUUCGAACAGGGCUGGAAGUGGGAGCUGCCCCCGGAAGCCAGCGGGCAGUGCGCUGCGUUCCACAAGUUUGUGGACAGCCACCUGAGGAUGUCCAUGUACGUGGGGGCGGGGGUCCUGGUGCUGGAGGUGCUCACGCUGCUGCUGGGCUGCGCAUUGUGGCCGCGGCCUUCCAGGAGGGCAGUAUAUGUCGAAGAGCCGCUGGAAGAUGUCGAAGAGCCGCUGGUACCCAAGGCGCUACCCGCUGUGUGUUAUCCUCCGACCGUCUAG